GAACAGUGUUUUGUGCAGAGAGACGGGCAGUAUAACUGUGCGUUUAAAGCAGUGGUAACUAGUAAUUUCAUCGCAUGUCGUUUUUCGAUAAUGCACACGAUACCAGAGAUUGGAAUAGGAAAAUACAGUGUUUCAUGGGCAGAGCAUUUGUAAUUCGAAAAUAUUUUGCAAUGGAUGUCGGAGGACAAUGGAGCAGACGGCCGAGCUGGUGGAUUACUCUCUCUUUGCUCUUGUGCUUCGGGAAUCUGGGUACUGCACAGAUAAAAUACAAUGUCCCGGAGGAAGUGAAAGAAGGAUCUGUUGUGGGAAAUAUUGCUAAGGAUUUAAACCUUGAUGUCAGCAAUUUGGCGCACCGACGGUUUCGUAUUGUUUCUGGACCUGAUGAUGCGCUUUUCCAGGUAAAUCAGAACAAUGGGGAACUGUAUGUCAAUAAGAGAAUCGACAGAGAGAAGCUUUGUGAUGGAAACGCUGUUUGUUCGAUAAGUUUGAAAUGCGUUGUUGAAGACCCCUUAGAGGUGCAUUACAUAGAAGUUGAAAUAUCUGAUGUAAACGAUAAUCCACCCAUUUUCCCGAGAUCUGAGCAGCAAUUUGAAAUAGCUGAGCAUACGCUUUUGGGAACGCGCUUUCAAGUCCAAACGGCCAGAGAUCCUGAUCUGGGAAUGAAUACGGUUCGAUAUUAUAAAUUAAGUCAGAAUGAGCUGUUUGAUAUCGACGUUCGGGAAAGGCAUGAAACAAAAAUACCAUUUUUAGUUUUAAAGAAAGCGCUGGACAGAGAAAGGCAAGGCAAGCAUAGACUCACACUGACAGCCACAGAUGGUGGAAAUCCACCGAAAUCAGGGACUCUGAAUAUCACCGUUAUUGUCUUGGAUAUAAAUGAUAAUCGUCCAGUAUUCAGCCGCGACUCAUAUUCUGCAACAAUCCUGGAAAACGCACCUCUGGGCACUGUCGUGAUUAAAAUCAACGCAACUGAUUUAGAUAAAGGAAUGAAUGGCGAAAUCGAGUACUUGUUAGGAGAAAAUUUGGAUGGAAAAAUCCACGACCUGUUUACGCUUGACAAGAACACGGGCGAAUUACAAGUUAAAGGGAACAUAGACUUUGAGGAAACUGGUGUAUUUAAAUUAGAUGUGCAGGCGUCUGAUAAAGGCCAGCCUCCCCUGAUAGCUGAAGCAGAACUUAGCAUUAAAGUCACAGAUGUUAAUGAUAACUCUCCUGAAAUUGAGAUAACAUCACUUUCUAGUGUUAUAUCUGAAAAUGCGAAUCCUGGAACGGCCAUAGCCUUAAUAAGCGUUUCAGACAAGGACUCUGGUGUCAAUGGCAGAGUCAUUUGUACAUUACCUGAAAAUAUGCCCUUUGAGCUGAAAUCAUCAUUUAAAGAGAAUAUGUAUUCAUUAGUGACAAAGGGACGUUUAGAUAGAGAAGUUACUUCAAGCUAUGAAAUCACUGUAACAGCCACUGACUUAGGACAGCCACCGCUGUCUUCUUUUAAAAUAUUAAAUAUACAGGUCUCUGAUGUGAAUGACAACUCCCCACAGUUUACCCAGAACACUUUUGAGCUUUAUUUAUAUGAAAACAAUGUCCCUGGUGCUUCUAUAUUCUCUGUUACUGCUUUUGAUAAAGACUUAAACGAAAAUGCUGCAAUAGCAUAUCACCUAAAUCAAGGUGAUUUGACAUCUUUUCUAAACAUUAAUUCAGAAACGGGAAUUAUUUAUGCACUAAAAAGUUUUGAUUUUGAAACGACCAAAACGUUCCAGUUUCAUGUGCUCGCUACAGACUCUGGAAGUCCGUCUCUGAGCAGUAACGUGACUGUGAACGUGUUUAUUCUGGAUCAGAACGACAACGUUCCAGUGAUCUUAUAUCCAGUCAGCGCUAACGGUUCUGCUGAGGGUGUGGAAGAGAUUCCCCGUAAUGUGAACGCAGGUCAUUUGGUGACUAAAGUCAGAGCCUAUGACGCAGAUAUAGGAUACAACGGCUGGUUAUUGUUUUCACUGCAGGAAGUUAGUGAGCACAGUCUCUUUGGUUUGGACCGCUAUACAGGACAGAUAAGGACCCUUCGCUCAUUCACAGAAACAGACGAGGCCCAGCAUAAACUGCUCAUACUGGUCAAAGACAAUGGGAACGUUUCGCUCUCAGCAACAGCGACUGUGAUUGUCAAAGUUGUGGAGCCCAAAGAGGCUUUUGCCGCUUCUGAUGUGAAAAACGCAGUAAAAGACGAGGAGGAAAACGACGUGACGUUUUAUUUGAUCAUCACUUUGGGCUCGGUUUCAGUGCUUUUUGUCAUCAGCAUCAUCGUGUUGAUUGUAAUGCAGUGCUCCAAAUCUACAGACUAUUCGUCCAAGUAUUUGCAGGACACAAAUUACGACGGGACUCUGUGUCACAGCAUCCAGUACAGAUCUGGAGACAAACGGUACAUGUUAGUUGGACCCAGAAUGAGUAUCGGUUCUACAAUUGCACCAGGCAGUAAUAGAAAUACUCUAGUGAUACCAGAUCGCAGGAGGAGAGACUCUGGAGAGGUAAGGAUGUUUUUAUAG